CUCUCUCUCUCUCUCUCUCUCUCUCUCUCUCUCUCUCUCUCUAAGGAAUGAUGCCUUCUCUCCUUCUUCACACCGCCAAUCUCCUCCUCCUCCUCCUGGUCUCCGCCGCCUCCGCCACCACCAUCGGCGUCACCUACAACGCAUCCUCUCCGAAACUUCCACCGCCGGAGCACGUCGUAUCUACUCUCCAGUCCCGCGGAAUCUCCGCCGUCCGCCUCCUCGAACCCACCCCCGCCGCCGUGCGCGCAUUCGCGUACACCAACAUAACGCUCCUCCUCUCCGUCCCCAACGACCUCAUCCCCUCCUUCGCCGCCAAUCGCUCCGCCGCCUCCGUCUGGCUCUACACCAAUGUCCUUCCCUACCACCCUCGCGCACACAUUUCACUCAUCUCCGCCGGCUCCGACGUCAUCACUUCUGCCGCCACCUCCAAUCCCGACCUCGAUCCCUCCACCGUCCUCCUCGCCGCCAUGCGCAACCUCCGACUCUCCCUCCUGGACCUUGGAAUUCGCACCAUACCGGUCUCCACCACCUUCUCCUUCAUCGACAUUAUGACGACGUCGUUUCCUCCCUCCGCCGCUGAAUUCCAGGAGCCGAUCGGUAAUUUGAUCCUCCGUCCGCUGCUCCAAUUUCUGGAGGAAACCAACUCGUCGCUACUGGUCAAUCUCUACCCUUACAACAUGUACCGAAUCAACUCGGAAAUUCCGAUCGGCUUCGUCCUGUUCCAGGAGCAUCCGUUUAAUUUCCGAGACGAUUUAAUCACCGGAGUUCGGUACCGGAAUCUGUUCGACAUGAUGGUUGACGCUGUCGUAGCAGCCAUGACAGUCUCCGGUCACGAGAGUAUUCCAGUAAUUGUGGCGGAGACAGGGUGGCCGAGCGAAUACGAGGCUCGGGCGGCCGGAAAUUAUGCAGAGAUGUACUUAAAGGGGCUGAUUAAACACUUGAGAUCUGGUUUGGGUACACCAUUGAGGAAAGAAGGUGUGGCCGAGGCAUACAUAUACCAGCUGUUCGAUGAGGUUGAUUCGAGCUACAACAAUGGCAGGAAUGCAACAACUGCUGCAGCUGCUGAAAUGAUUGGAGGUGCAGAGGCAGGGCAGCAUUGGGGGAUUAUGUAUCCCAACAUGACUAUGAAGUACAAUGUUGAUUUCUCUGGUUCGCCUAACGGAAAUGGAGUAAGUUCGGUGCAGAUGGCUGUUGCUUUUCUGGUUACAUUGUGUUGGUUUGGAGUGUUUGUAAUCUUGGCGAACAGCUGAAAUAGAAAUCUUGUUACUGAUGUUAUAAAGGCAAA